AUGCCACAUCUCGGUGCCAUCAACUUGAUGGCGGACAGCCGCAGCCGCCCACAGUUGAGCCUCCUCAUGCUGCGUGGCCGCAGCGUCGAAGUGAUGGCGACGCCCUGCAACAUCCGCCUGGGCGGCGCGGUCGGCCUGGUCGUUCAGGGAGCGAGCAGUUGCCGCAUCGACAAGGGGGGACGUGGGCUGCCAGUCGGGGCGACGACCAUGAGCAGGAACCCACAGACACUCAGAGCCGGGCGGAAUGUUGUCGCGGAUGAGGCGCCAAAAGCCAGGGGCAUCACCGCACCAAGAGUUCUGCCGAAGGCCCCGCUGGAGCCGAAGGACAACACCACUGCAGUCACAAAGGAUGAGCAGCGGGAGGCCAGCGCAAGCGGCGCUGAGAACAGCACGCAAGAGCGCAUGGCGCUCAGCAGCGACAGGGGACAGGUCCGGGCUGUGAACUUCACCGGCAAAGGCGGGGGCGCCCUCAAAAACAACAGCCCAAGAGGCCUCGCGGAACCAGCGCAUGCCUUUCCAACUUGUGGCUUGCAAGCAGCUGCCAUCAGUGGCAACCACGACUCUGCCUUGGCGGCGGGGAGCAGUCGCGCAAGCUUGGACCAGCGCUUGCGACGGAGCAACAUGCCUCCAAUCGCGGGGCCGCAGAGCAGAGAGCACAGGAACGAGCAAGCGAUUCUCAGCAGGACUACGGGCAGGGAGAGCCGGAUGCGCAACCCGAGACGGACAGUGGAAGGUCACAUGAGUGCGAGUGGGGCAGAGAUCCCCACACUCGCACUGAGUGACAGGAAGCUGCAUCCGCUCAAGGGUGCGACAAUCGUGAGCAGCAGCAUGCAGCACACGACGGAGAUGGCCCCGAGGGCAAGAGGCCUCGAUGGCCCUGGAAUGGAAAUCCAGGAAGGGGGUUUGCCCAGCGCCAAGCGGGCCAGCAGUUUUGGGGUCCGCAGACCAAAGCUGACGCAGCCAGGAAGCUUGAGCAACAGCAACAAGCGCCUCAUUGGAGAGGAAACCAACAGGAAAGGAGCCCAGCGGAGUGCUCCAAGUGCCAGGCGUGGGAGCAGUAAAGCCGAGCGCGUUCAUGGCAAACUGCAAGCCAGGACAAGGGCGACGGGGCGGAGGACGAUGGCCGAGGCCGCUGACACGGGAGACCUCUUGCCGCAGGGCGGCGACAGCUAA